CAACUGUCGAGGAAUGUCAGUGGUCAAGGAUUACUUUUGCAUAAUGCUAUCUUUGUGGAGGUUGUGGAGCGCGUCGCGCAUGAGUUGGUGCCUUGGUUGAGUUGAGUGGAACGAAUUGAUGUUCUGGUUGUAUAAAAUUUAUUUAAGUAAUUCGCAGUAUUUUAUCACUCAGUAAUAAAAAUGAUAUCAGGGAGAGCUUUGCAUUUUGUUUUUAAAGUAGCAGAUAGAACAUUGACUUCGAAGUUUUAUCGGGAGAUCUUGGGCAUGAAGGUCCUGAGGCACGAGGAGUUCAAAGAAGGCUGUGAUGCUGCAUGCAAUGGUCCAUAUGACAAUAGGUGGAGUAAGACCAUGGUUGGGUAUGGCCCAGAAGAUACUCACUUUGUUGUGGAACUGACAUACAAUUAUGGUGUUACAUCAUAUGACAAGGGAAAUGACUUAUUGGGAUUGACAAUACGAUCUAAAGAAGCUAUAGAGAGAGCCAAAGCCCAAGGCUGGCCUUUGAAAGAGGAGGGUGGACAUCAUGUUUUGGAGGCUCCUGGAGGCUACAGAUUCUUACUCAUUAAUGAACCCCAACCAUUAGACAAAGAUCCUGUUGAAAAGGUGGCCCUAGCUAGCUCUAAUUUGCAGCAGUCAAUUGAUUAUUGGAAUGGAAUUCUUGGGUUGAAAAUCUACAGUCAGAAUGACAACAAGGUUCUUCUUGGAUUUUCUGAUGAUCAGACCAAGCUGGAACUUGAAGACAUUGGUACCACUGUGGAGCAUGCCAAGGCAUAUGGACGCAUUGCCUUUUCAUGCCCUUUUAAAGAACAGCCACAAAUAGAUGAAAAGAUUAAAGCCACAAACCACAAGAUAUUGACACCACUUAUAUCACUGGACACACCAGGGAAAGCAACAGUGCGAGUCAUCAUAUUAGCUGAUCCGGAUGGUCAUGAGAUCUGUUUUGUGGAUGAUGAAGGAUUUCGUCAGCUGUCUGUGUUUGACCCAGAAGGAGAGAAACUGCUGGACCGCUACAUUGCAAAGGAUAAAUCAAGAGAAUGAACGAGUAACAAAUACAAAGAAGCAGGAAGUCUUGGUUGAAAAAUGUUCUUUAAGGAAUUAAUAUUCAUGUAAAAGAUAGAUUACCAAACUGAUUUACAUUACACGUACGUAAAAUGAUUGUUAUACACAUCUGAAUGUGCAUUGUAACAUUGACUUUCCCUGCUAAGAAAUUUUCUAAUUUGUCCUAGAUUUGGGUUAGGUAGAUGUACCAUGGUUUAACUUUUUCAGUACACGUAUCUGGUACUUAAAGGUGAUAGUUUUGCGUAUUGGGUCCAAUAUGUAUAUUUUAUUAUUGUAUUAUUCAGAGCAUGUACAUUAUAUAUGAAGAAAUUCAGUGGAAUCUAUUCUGUUAUUGUUCAGGUUAAGUGAUAACUGUUUUAGAUGGAGGAUAUCAACAGAGAACUAUGUAGUUACUGAUUGGGGAAAGUAAGAACUAGGUCUACCAAACAUAUGAAGGAUGUCAGUAGAGCUAUGUAAUUACUGUUUGGGGAAAGUAAUAAUGCUGAACAGUAAGAUUAUAAUAGUGGCUGAUAUAUAUUUAAUUGGACAUUAACCAUAAUCAGUAGUAUAGUUUAUAUGCACAGCAUUUUUGGAGCUGUCUCUGUUCCCAUCACCAGAUGGUUGGUUGUCUUUAUGCUGACAGAUUUUAAUUAUUAUGCAUUCUUUGUACAAAUUACUUUAAAUGGACACACAUAUGGGAGAUUUUAUGUAAAAUCCAGAUAUUUCAGCAUGAAAAUUGAUAGACAGA